AUGUCCUCCUUCCAAUCGACCACUUCUCCAACUGAUUCCUCUGUGGAUUCAAGUACUCCAGCUAGCUCCAGCACCACUCUUCCACAGACUCUCCAACUUACAACACCUCCUCUAUGGAAUCGACCACCUCUUCAAGUACGGACACAACCUCUUCAGGCUACUCUUCAUCCAGCUCAUCUUUGGAGCCCACCAGUUCUACCUUUGCCAAGCUCCUCUAUGGAUUCAACCACGCCCUACGUCCCCACAACCAGUUCUCACACUGAUUCCUCUGUGGAUUCAACUACUCCAACUAGCUCCAGCACCAGUGAGGAAACAACCACCUCUUCUGUGGAUUCAACCACUUCACCUAGCUCCAGCACCAGUGAGAUAACAACCACGUCUUCAACUUUUUCCACAUCAUCUUUGGAUUCCACCACUCCUCCAACUUACCUCACCUCAACUACCACCACUGAGGAAUCCAGCUCCUCUACUGACUCAAGUUCUUCCACAGGCUCAGAAACCUCUUCAACAUACACUAACCCUUCUUCAGGUUACUCCUCAUCCAGCUCCUCUUUGGACCCCACCAUUUCUUCUAGCUCCUCUGUGGAUUCAACCACCUCCUCCUUCCAAUCGACCAUUCUCCAACUGACUCCAGCUCCUCUAUGGAAUCAACUACCUCUUCAAAAACCUCUUCAACUUACACCAGCUCUUCUUCAGGCUACUCCUCUCCAGCUCCUCUUUGGAGCCCACCAUUUCUUCUACUUUCCCAAGCUCCUCUAUGGAUUCAACCACGUCCCCCUUCCAAUCGACCACCUUCUCCCCCCAACUGAUUCCUCUGUGGAUUCGACUACUCUCCACCAUCCAGCACCACUGAAAACCACCACGUCUUCAUCUACUUCAGCUCUUCCACAGACUCUCCAUCUUAACCCUACCUCCUCUAUGGAAUCAAACCCCCUCGUCCAACUCUCGUUGACACACCUUCCAAUUUGUUCACUCCUCCUGGAGUCACCACUUCUCCACGAAUCACCUCAACUACCACUCUUUAUGGACUCCACUCGUCUACUUACUCGACUCUCCAUAGAAACCUCUUCAAGUACCCAGCUCUUCUCCAGCUCUCCUUCAUCCAAGCUCCUCUUGGAGCCCACCACUUUCUCUCACUUUCCCCAACUCCCUCUGGAUUCAUCCACAUCCUCCUCAAAUCACCAUUCUCCAACUGUUCCUCUUUGGUCCCAACUUACUUUGCUAAGCUCCAGCACCGUGAGGAACCCACACUCCUUAACAUCCACCUUUUCCACAGACUCUCCACUUACUUACACACACCCUUGGAUUCCACCAUUCUCCAUUACCUCCCUCACUCCAUCCAUGAACCCACCUCCUCACUUCUACCAAGCUUCUCCCCAGCCUCCACACAUGGACACCACUCUCUCUCGAGCCCCACUCCAUCUCCUUCUACUUUUCCAAGCUCUCCUAGGAAUUCAACCUUUCAGUCGACCACCUCUCACAGGAUUCCCUCAUUGGCUUUCGAACUCCAUCUCUAGCUCCCACACCAGUCUCUUCCCAACUCUCCAACUACUCCAGCUCCUCUAUGGAAUCAACCCUCUUCAAGUACGACACAACCUCUUCUUCAAGCUCUUCCACAUCCCUUCAAUCGAUUCUCAUUCUCCAACUUCCUACCUCAACUCCACUACUGAGGACCACCACCUCCUCUCACUCUCCACUCUUCCAACACACCUCUUAAACGUUCCCCACUCUUCUCUUAGACACUCCUCAUCCAUCUCCUACUUUGGAGCCCCAUCUUCUUCUAACCUUAUUCCCAGCCCUAGGAUUCAACCAUGUCCUUUCCCUUUCCAUUCGACCACUUCCCAUACUCCUCUGGAAUCAAGUACUUCAGCUAGCUCCAGCACCAGUGAGGAAACCACCACGUCUUCAAUCUACCCCAGCUCUUCCACAACUCCCACUUACAACACUCCUCUUGGAAUCGACCACCUCUUCAACUCCAGCACCAUAGAAACAACCUACCUCCUCUGUGGAUUCACACUUCACCUAGCUCCAGCACCAGUGAAGCAUUUCCACAACUAUUCACCACUCCUCAAUCUAACUCCAUCCUUGCACACUCCCCUUAUCACCCCUCCUCUUAGAAGCUUCAAUACCUCUUCAGUAUGCACAACCACUCUUCACUUUUGCCACUCUUUUAUUCCAACCCUCCUCAACCUUCCUCACCUCAACUACCCCACUGAGCAUCCAGCUCCUUUUGACUCACCAGUUUCAUUCCACAGGCUCAAACUCUUCAAUACACUAACCCUUCUUCAGGACUCCUCUCCACUCCUCUUGGAGACCCACCAUUUCUAG